AUGGCCGCGGCACAGGAAGAAUCGGGCCCCCCGCAGGACGAGCAGCUGCGCAAUCCCAAUGACCGCCCUGAAUGCUUCUCCAGUACUUUGCAGGAAUGCCUGUUUGUCUUGACGACAACCAUGGCCAUUGCCCAAACAUCGUUCUUUCAGGGACUGGUCGUUGUCGUCUCUGCUUCCAUCGGAGAAGAUCUCAACAUGAAUUCUGCCGAAAUUACAUGGAUUACCGCUGGCGUUUCCCUGACUAGCGGUGCAUUCCUGUUGGCAUUUGGAAAGGUGGCUGACAUGUUUGGCCGUCGGAUCAUGUUUAUGGGCAGCAUGGCGGCGUUUACAAUCGCAUUGGUAGUCGCCGGAUUCGCCAACACGGCCAUCUACAUGGAUGUGUUCUCGGGUGUUAUGGGUAUAUUUUGCGCCUCUGUAGUACCACCUGCGGUUGGAUCGCUGGGAGUGGUGUAUACGAAACCUUCACAGCGGAAAAAUCGCGCCUUUGCCUGCUUCAGUGCCGGAAACCCACUGGGAUAUGUAGGAGGCAUGAUUGUCUCUGGCAUUGCGUCUCAGGUUGGCAGCUGGAGAGUCGCUUUCUGGUCAUUGGCUGUGAUAUACGCUAUCUUCACUUUGUUGACUGUCUGGACGGUCCCCAAAGACCCCCCGAAGGCUAGCGUUCCGUUGAACUGGCAAUCAGUGAAGAAACUGGAUCCUAUUGGCAUGCUGUUGGCGAUUUCUGGCAUCGCUCUAUUCUCGACUGCACUUUCCACGGCCGGAGACGCACCCAAAGGCUGGCAAACACCAUAUAUUAUUGUGCUACUUAUUUUGGGAGUUAUUCUUAUUGCUUCCUUCCUCUACUGGCAAUCGAUAUAUUCGACUCCUUUGAUGCCUCUUUACGUCUGGAAGGACCGCAACUUUUCUCUAUUGAUGGGAUCUCUCUCCCUAGGCUUCAUGGGAUUCAUUGGCGGACAAUUCUGGAUGGCGCUAUACAUGCAACAAAUCAAACACUACAGUCCGUUGGAAAUCACAGCUCGUUUAUUGCCGAUGGUCGUCAACGGAGUGCUGGUCAACAUCGUGUGUGGCCUCAUUUUGCACAAAGUCAACAACAAGCUUCUCAUGAUGAUUGGCACCACGGCAUACAUGGUAGCUUUCCUUAUUAUUAGUUUUACACCGGAUGAUGGCGUCUACUGGGGCUGGUAUUUUGUGCCGCUGCUGCUGAUGGUUGUUGGAGCUGACAUUGAGUUCAAUGUGGUCAACAUGUACGUCAUGUCGAGUCUUCCACCCUCCGACCAGUCGCUUGCCGGCGGUAUUUUCAACACCGCGUCCAAAUUCUGCGCCAACAUCAGUCUCGGCAUCACCACCGCCGUUUACAAUUCCGUCCGCACCCAAGGAUCUACAAGCCCUAUCAAACCGUAUCUGUCAACGUACUGGUUCGCUGCGGCGUCGGCCGGGUUGGGUGUCUUGUUGGUGCCUUUUCUGAAGCUGGGGACGCAGGGACAUGUAGAUAAGACGGAUUCGUCUGACGAAGGAGAGGGACUGGGCACGCCUAAUGAGGUGGAGGUUGAGACCAAAACCUGA